GAAGUAUAAAACGAUUACCUCUUGCGGCUGAUGCAUCGCCAUUCUGUUUGUCUUGAUAUCUGGCUCCCCAUCGUGAUUUAACUCACUUUACACAUCACUAAACUUUAUUCACCAAUUGCGUACCAAGAACGUAGUCUUCAAACAGGCAAGAUGGCGACGACCCUAGGAUCCAAAAAGUCAAUCCGCAUCGGCGUAAUGUUGGAAGCCGUGCAGCUGAGUGACAUCAUGGGCAUCGAUCUUUUCGGCAACCUGUCUCGUGAAUACUACGACAAAGUCAAGGACUUCGAUCCCGAAUUCGCACAAUGGACCGACCACCCCGUCGAUACCAAGUUCUACUUCAUCUCAUCAACCCUAGAGCCCGCCGAGAUGACACCCGGUCUCAAGUUCGUCCCGAACAUCACCUACGACGACUGUCCUCGAGAUUUGGACCUUGUCCUCAUCGGUGGCCCACUCCCCAGCCAUCGCCCUCCCGCUGCCGACCGCUUCAUGAAGGAAGCCUACCCGAAGACCAAGGUCUGGCUGACAACGUGCAUCGGUAGCCCUUGGCUGGCCAGCGCCGGGGUGCUGAAGGGGAAAAAAUGCACGACGAACCGCGAAUUCUUGCCAUUUGUGAGGCAGGUCCACCCCGAGACUGAGUGGCUUGACCAGAGAUGGGUCGUCGAGGAGAAGGAGUAUGAGGGCGAGGAGAAGGGCGAACUGUGGACUGGAGGUGGAGCCGGCGCUGGCCUUUCGAUGAUCAUCACGUACUUGAACAAGAACUUUGAUCCUGGAUUUGUACAAAAGAUGGCACUCGAAGCGAUUGCAUUUGAAGAGUUGGCGCUGAACCAGUUUUACAAUACUUCAAGGUAGACGGAAUGAGCAGUCAGAUGAUAUGAUCCAAUAGCUGCAGGAGCCUACGAAAUUCCC